AUGGUAACCACAUGGGAAGAUCAGGUCGCAGUCGUUGUAGCUCACCCCUCCCACAAUCACACCUCACCCCUCCCACAAUCACCCCUUACCCUCUACCUCAAUCAUCCCUCACCCCUCCCUCAAUCACCCCUUACCCUCUACCUCAAUCACACCUCACCCCUCCCUCAAUCACACCUUACCCUCUACCUCGAUCACUCCUCACCCCUCCCUCAAUCACCCUUCACCCCUCCCUCAAUCACCCUUCACCCCUCCCUCUUCACCCCUCACCCCUCCCUCAACCACCCCUCCCUCAAUCACCCUUCACCCCUCCUCAAUCACCCUUCACCCCUCCCUCAAUCACCCUUCACCCCUCUCUCAAUCACCCCACACCCCAACCUCCUCACCCCUCCCUCAAUCACCCCACACCCAAACCUCCUCACCCCUCCCUCAAUCACCCCACACACCAACCUCCUCACCCCUCCCUCAAUCACCCCACACCCAAACCUCCUCAUCCCUCCCUCAAUCACCCCACACCCAAACCUCCUCACCCCUCCCUCAAUCACCCCACACCCCAACCUCCUCACCCCUCCCUCAAUCACCCCACACACCAACCUCCUCACCCUCCCUCCUCACCCCUCAACCCUCCCUCCUCACCCCUCCCUCAAUCACCCCUCCCUCAAUCACCCCUCACCCCUCCCUCCUCACCCCUCCCUCAAUCACCCCUCCCUCAAUCACCCCUCACCCCUCCCUCCUCACCCCUCCCUCAAUCACCCCUCCCUCAAUCACCCCUCACCCCUGCCUCCUCACCCCUCCCUCCUCACCCCUCCCUCAAUCACCCCUCACCCCUCCCUCCUCACCCCUCCCUCCUCACCCCUUACCCCUCCCUCAAUCACCCCUCACCCCUAUCUCAAUCACCCCUCACCCUUAUCUCAAUCACCCCUCACCCUUCCCUCAAUUACCCCUCACCCCUCCCUCAAUCACCCCUCACCCCUCCCUCCUCACCCCUCACCCCUCCCUCAAUCACCCCUCACCCCUCACCCCUCCCUCCUCACCCCUCACCCCCUAACUAAAGUCACCCCGCACCCUCUUGCCCCAGCCUUGUGUAAAAGAAAGGCGUCAGGAACACAGAAAUGA